CAGUUGUGGGAGUCGAAUAUUGCCGUAGAAAUGGCAUAUCAGAGAAACGAAAAAGAAAAUUGCAACGAAAAUACUAAAGUAGAUAUGUCUAAUAUAAGAAGGUGCUCGUGGAUUCGAAUGAAGCUAACAAGACUGUAUAAAUAUUGUGAGGCAUAUGGGUCGAUUAUUGCUUACUAUGGAGCUUCCUUUGGUGCAUUGUUUGCAGCUGUGAUCGUUACAGUGUUGAAUGAAUUUGAAGGAGGUUGCAAGUAUCCAUACUUGUCAGAGGUUGCUCGAAGCGGUUUCGGGUGGCUCUCUUUCUUAGUAGGUACAGGCAUUGGGUGGAUUCCGUGGAUAAUAUUUGCUUUUGAUUAUUAUCGUGUCUUCACUUUAUUCGGGAUGACGGUGACGGAACCAAAACGAAAGCGUCGUUAUCUACUUUCUCAAAAGUUCCAGCUGGUUUUCUCUAUCAUUGCUGCAAUUGGUAUGCAUGGAGUCGCAUUUUUUGACAUGGGGAACUAUCCCCUGACUCAUGAGAUGUGUGUAGUGUUGUUUGCUUGUCCGCUAAACCUCCAAUAUAUGUUUAAUUUUUAUGAAAUGAUCCGAUAUGGGAACCAGAAGGAUGGUCGCAAGAUUUUUUUCAAAUUCAUGCUUCUCUUUUGCUCUCUCGGGGGCAUCAUUCUUUUUACGUUGCUUGGCCGGAUCGAAGAUUGCAAAUCCGUGGUAAUGAGCAUGGAGGAAUGCUUCCAGCUCACCUCCGAAGAGCAGUGUUUUUUCUACCAAGAUAGGUACAACGACGGCUGGACAAUCAUUCGAAACUAUCCUCGUUGCCGAGUGAUGCAUUUUUGGAGAGGGUUGUCGGAGUACGUCUGUGUGCUGAGCUCCGCGAUGUAUCUCUGCAGUUGUUUAAGAGAUAUGGGAUUUUGCCAACAAAUUCGUUUGUUCUCCGCGAUCUGUCGAUUGUCGAUGAGGAGUUGUGCAAUCAGCUUACUCCCAGCACAAUUGCGAGUAUGUAAUGUUGCUUUAGUUAUUUUGUGGCUUGUUUGUUUAAUUCUGUACGAGGAGGAGUUUUUUUAUAAAAUGGGAGAGGAUAAGAAGCCAUAUAGUAGAAACGAUUGGGUAAGAGUUAUAUUAUGUGGUCUUAUUCUCGGGGGAAUCCUGGGUUACAAUCUGUACUGUGUUCGUUGUUAUGUGAUUGGAAUGGAGCUUCUACUUCCCCUGAACUGGUGUAUAUAUUGUAUCGUUGGUAGUGGUUUUCACUUACUUGAGUUCUUUUUAACUGCGAUUUAUCGUCCAAAUGAUUUAUGCUUUGAUUCCUUUUUAGUAAACCAAAGUGUUUACUAUGUUAUGACGACUACAGGCGGUAUUAUGGAAUUCUUAAUUGAGUAUUAUUUCUUCCCUCUGUGGAAGCAAAAUCAAAUCGUUAUUCUGUUAGGGUUAUUUUUAACAGUUUUGGGGAUUGCUUUACGAGCUGCUGCAGAAGUCCAAAUGGGAACGAACUUCACUCAUUUAAUUCGUACGGAGCACGUAAAUUCCCAUGAAUUGGUUACCUCGGGGAUUUACGCAUUGCUCCGACAUCCUUCUUAUACAGGCUGGUUCUAUUAUUGUGUAGGACGCGAAAUGAUCCUUUGCAAUCCACUUUGCGUUGUAAUAUCAGCUCUAGUCAACUGGGGACUUUUAUAUUUCCGAAUACCUUUUGAGGAGAAAUAUUUAAUGUCGUUUUUUCCAGAGUACGAGGAAUAUAGAAAGCAUACUUAUAUUCUGAUACCAUUUUUGCCCAAUUCGAAAUCGUAG